AUGAAUCCUCAUCACCGUGGUGUCAAGAAGCAUAGGAGUAAGAUUGACAACCAGUCCUGGGAAGUUUCCACUCCAACCAAUAGCUGUGCUUCUUUCUCAUCAGGUGAUCCGCCGUCGGGAGCUACAGGCUGCAAGUGCGUUUCAGAGACGGCAGAGGAUGGACGUGUCAGGGACUGUGAUGGCUAUUCAGAAGGCAAGAGGGGACGGGUUGAUCGUGUGGCCGAUGGCGCUACUCCUAGCGUUUGUAAUAGUGAUGCAGAAAAUACAUUUCCGAUGAAGAACGUCCCUGAAAUUUGCGAUGGUACGCCCAGCCUGGAGCUUCGGGUACCUCCAAUAAUACUCAGAAGAGUUCCUGCAGGGAAUGGUUAUGGUUUCAGAAGUGAGAACAGUGGUCUCUCUCUGAAUGAGGGGGAGGAGGACAAUGAAACAAAUAACGAUUCGGAGGCUGAACUGAACUUGCUUGAGAGUUUCUCCUGCCAGAGAACGCAAACUUACGCGUUUUUCUAUCAGUCGUCUUGUGCUCGCGUCUGCAAAACGUGGCCCUUCCCCAGAUCGGGCCCUCCGGAUGAACUGAGAUCAUUGCUUAGCGGACACCGCUGGAUUGUGACCUCAUCAUUCCCAGUCACGCCAACUACUACAUGCAUCCUUGAAAACGAUGUUCAAGACAAACUUUGCAAAGAAGCACUGGAGGUGCAAGCAGCUUCUUCUGUUUCAGCUGAGAAGCUUGAGUCAAACCGAAGUGUGCAGAGAGCUUUUGAAGAUUCCAGUCAUGUUCCUGAGUUCUCAGCAUGUAAAGAAAACAAACAGGUUGACAAUGAAGAACUUACUUAUGUAUUCAAUUCAGAGGUGAGAAGUCCUAAAUCCCAACCUAUAGAAAAUCAUUUCAUACUCAGUACGCCUGGUCGGGAAGCCGUCUCAUUCAGGUGUGAAAAUCAGCUUGAUAUUUCUGUCCUCGCAACAGAAGGUUCAACCUCACCAUCCAGAUGUGUUUUAAAUUCCAAAUGUACCCAAAUCCCUACCUGUCCUGUCAGCCAAACCCCAUUAGUUGAAAAUCAAGAGGAGCCCAAAAUUGGUGCUGGUGCUCUUUACGACCGAGAGUCACUUUCUGAACUUUGUCUUAAAGUGGAAUCUCUAAAAGCACAGUGCCUGUCCUCAUCCACAUCCCCUUCCGCAGCAGAACCGGUUACUCAAAAACCCAUCACGCAUACGUUCAACAGUAAGGCGCCCUAUCCGGGAAAGAGGAAACGUAGAAGAGGGUUUGACAGCUCUACGGUCACAGAUUCAUCGUCUUCUGCGGAUGAAAAUGAACGAGACAGUAAACCGUCUUCAGAUGAGGAGCCUGUGGAACAUGAUGAACCAGGGGGCUUGCGGUUUAAUGAUGAUGUCACAAGUCACAUUAAAGAUAAAGGCAUCACCCCAUCACAAUCUGUAAAGGAUUCUACGGUUCCCAACGGCUUUCUGGAUGUUUCUCGAGCGUAUGAAGAAGAUGUACUUAUUCUGGAUGUGAUACAGGAUGAUCCAGAUUUGUUUGGAGCUGUGGUUGCUGAAACCGUAAAUAAACCUGGAACGCUGGCAAAGGACGAUGGAGAGACUAAGACAAAAUGUCAAACUGGGAAUCACUGCAAGAUUGUGUGGGACUUGGAUACAGACAGUAGUAGCAAAUCUGCACCAGACUUGAAACUGGAAAACAUGGAAGAUGGUCGUCUUCGGACAGUAAAAGAGAUGCAGAGUUAUAAAGCUCAACCUUCUCAGGGCCUUCAGUUAACCUCUGCUUUAAAGUCUGAGAAUGCCGUAGACUUGAAUAACAACCAGGAGAUCAAAAACGCAAAUGUGUACAGCAUUAAGGUGAUGAACACAAGAACGUCAAUGCUUGUAAUGGACACAAACAGUUUCGGAUAUGGUUAUACUGCAAAAGACUCUUGUGCUUCAAGAACUUCAAAUCAUUAUUGUUGGUUCUACUUUGAUGAACACAACUUCUGCCAACGAAGUUGCUGUCGAUUCUCACACAUACCAAGGGAUGGAGAUGAAAUGUUCUGUAUGGAGAGAAUACAGAAGUUCUGUUUUGUGGGUAACCCUAAUACUGUGCUGCGAGCAGUGGAGGUGUUUAUGGAAUAUUACAGCAAGUGUUCCCCCGGCGUGUGUUUUAGUCAGGAGAUUGUCAACUCUCUGCUCUCGUCUCUUCUUCAUCUGGGCUUGCUGAGGAAGUUUGUAGACAUCAUCAACCUGCUUCUCACACACAAGAGUCUACCUUCUCCUGAGAUUGUGUUAGCUGCUUUUAAACAUGUGAGGGAUAGAGGCCUGAUCGACUCUAUAUCUGAGCUCAUUCUACUCACCUCAAAGGUUGUUGAGGCUGGAUGUGUGUUUAGUGUUGAGCAGUGUGAAGUCAUGCAGAGUCACCUGCAAAUGAUGCAGGUUCCUAGACAACAGAUGGACAUUUUCCUUGCUGUAAAAUGCAGGGCUCUGGCCACUAACCCUCACACUGCUGAGCUGUCUGAUCUGGCCCAAGCUGUUGUCAGGGUAGAGAUGUUGAAGCAUUGGGAGGACUGGUCUGGUAUGGCACACGUGUUUUGUGGUGUUUGUGUAGGUCCACACAGUACCAGCGAACUUCACAGGUUCUACUGCUGUGUUACUAUGGCAUUGUUAAAAGAGCCCAAAGACAAUCUUACUCUCCCGUACGAGCUGUUUGCCGAAUCAGUAUGUAAGAAAGUCCCAUCCGACGAUAUGGUGAAAAUCACCCUGGGGAGAAUCGGAGUCUCAAUGAUUUUUAGGUACCACAGGACACGAGAAUGGAAUAAGGGGGUAAAGCUAGUCAACGUGAUGUUCGGACUGCAGAUUGAGUUCACCACACUGAAGGGGCUUAUGGGUGAUGAAUACAAGGUGUCUCGCUGUCAGCUGGUCACCUCUGCAACUGAACUCUUUCUCCACAGCGGGUGUAUUGAGGGCGCUCUGAAGAUGCUCAGAGCUGAUAACUGGUUCGUGACCUCAAACGUGUGGCCUUGUGACCCGGCUGACAUUGACUGUCGAAAGUGUGUCCUGACUCUCUUAGCUGGGAGAACAUCACACAGAGAUACGUUUGACAUACUUGCCAACUUGCCCGGACUCAGACAACCUAUAAAUGGUGUGCAGGUAGAUGAGUAUACUGAAAUGUUCAACGCUCAUCUGCGUCUGUGCGUGAAGAAGCAGACAUUACCGGUUGCAGCGGAUAUUCUUGAGUUUAUGUUUGCACAGGGUGUGGUUCCUGAAACCGCUCAGCUACAGAACCUCAUCCACAAACUGGGCAAGCAGAACAACUGGAACUGCGCCAGAACUCUCUUCAAUCGUGCUCGGUCAGCUGGCUAUUACUCUGCGGUGGUGUGCGAACAAGACUCUUUGUUUCUGCCUUGUAGUCUCACUGAGAUUGAGAUGACGCUGGCCUUCGAAAUGUUCAUCACAUCCAUUAAAGCACACCUUCAGGCCCCCACUGGAUCCUCCCAGCCCAUAAGCAUCACACUCAGACGGCAGGGCGAAGUCGAGGAUGUAACCGAGAGCAUGUACCUGGCAGCUGGCUGUCGACUCCUCUCCGCUGCGCUCAUACCAAACCCCAAACUGAGCAUCCGCUACACAGCUGUCAAUCAAACACAGGAGCAGUUGUUUAUUCUGGAUCGUGGCUCUGCCCACAAAUGGCUUUCUCAAAACGAGCAGUGGGCACUAGAGAUGUGGGUAAGUUAACAAGAGCACAUGCUUGUGAACAGACACAAGAGUCUCAGACUCAGAUUAAGGCAAAUUCUGUUCAUUUGAAUAUGUUUGCACAUUAUUAUUUGUUUUGUAUGUUUUUGUUCAUCUUGUUUGCAUUUUCUCUUUAUAUAUU